CUGCUCGGUGCCAGCAUGACACCUCACCAGCCCUGCAGGCAGGAAGAUGGCAGAGCAGCACAGCGCCCAUGCCUAGGAGCCCCGGCUGGUGGCACAGGGAGCACGGCACACCUGGGGGCACCCAGCGCAGGCGAGCACGGCCAAGAAGCCCAAGGAGGCUGCGGGGCCAGGCUGAUGGUGCUGCUGGAACCGCGGCAGGGCUUCCGCCGGGCACGGCCGCGGCCCGAGGAGCCCCCCGCCGCCAGCGCCGCCGAGGCGCGGCCCGGCCCGCCGCCCCCGCGCCGCAGCCUCUGCCCGCCGCCGCCGCCCCGCGCUGGCCGCCCCUCGCCGCGCCGCCUGCUCAGGCCGCUCCUCUUCGCCGUGGGGUUCACAGGCUCUGCCUUCGGAUGCGCCGCCAUCUGGCAGUACGAGUCGCUCAAGUCGCGGGUCCAGACCUAUCUGGAGGAGGCGCGGGCGGACUGGCUGGACAAGAUACGGCCGCAGAAGAGGGGCGACUUCAGGAAGCAGGUUAACAGCUGGUGGAAUAACCUGACUGAGGGUCAGCGGACUGUGACAGGUAUUAUAGCUGCAAAUGUCUUUGUGUUCUGUUUAUGGAGGCUGCCUGGCAUGCGACGGAUUAUGUUUACAUAUUUCACUUCAGAUCCAUCCUCCAGAGCCCUCUGUUCUCCCAUGCUGCUCUCUACAUUUAGUCACUUCUCUCUAUUCCACAUGGCAGCAAAUAUGUAUGUUUUAUGGAGUUUUUCCAGCAGCAUUGUCUCUCUUCUGGGAUGUGAGCAGUUCAUUGCAGUAUAUCUUUCUGCUGGGGUUAUCUCCACUUUUGUCAGUUAUGUUGCUAAAAUGGCCACUGGAAGGUUUGAACCAUCCCUUGGAGCUUCAGGAGCUAUAAUGACUGUCCUUGCAGCCGUAUGUGCAAAGAUGCCAGAAGCAAAACUAGCCAUCAUAUUUCUUCCAAUGUUCACAUUUACAGCAGGAAAUGCUUUAAAAGCCAUAAUUGCGUUUGACACUGCAGGGCUUGCUCUAGGCUGGAGACUUUUUGACCAUGCUGCACAUCUCGGGGGAGCUCUCUUUGGAAUAUGGUACGUAACUUAUGGCCAUGAGCUCAUAUGGAAGAACAGAGAACCACUGGUGAAGGCUUGGCAUGAAAUGAGGACAAAGAAUGCAGGAAAGGGAGGAGGUGGAAGAUCUAACUGAUUCUGAUCCUAGGGAUUCCUGGUGCCCGAGUGGUGUAUUACUUGAAGACCUGUCCUCAGAUUGGUGUUGAAGGUUUUUUUGCUACUCCACGUUAAGCCUCUAAGGAGCUGAAGUUUCUGUUGUAAACUACAGUUACAAAAAUGCGUAUCAAUAGAAAAUGAACUCUUGACAAAGGUGGAACAAUAAAGGUUUUUAUCCUAUUGCUUUCUGAA